CCGAGGAGGUGCGCCGGCUCGGCGUGCGCAGCAGAGAGCGCAGGCCGGAAGAGGCGUCGCGCGGCACGAGCAGCCACGCAGGCGGAGCAAUGGCAGGAGGCUCGCGGCCGGGCGAGACACGGCGCCAGCCCCGGCGCGCGCUCCUUGUCGCGCUGGUGGCGCUCUGCUCCCUCCUUGUCGCUCUGCUCAUUGUCCGGGCGAGCAAUGGAGGAGAAGGUGCCCAUGACCGUGGUCGUCCCUGACCUCUCGCCGCGCCCGACGCCGCUGGGCCCCUCGCCCGCGCCGGCGCCGGAGCCCGGCUCGGACGGCACGCCGAGGCUGCCGUCCGAGCGGCGGAGCCCGCGGGGCGCGCCCUCGUCGGGCGGCCGCAGGCCAGGGCGGCGAGCGCUGACUUCAUCAGCAGCAGCCCCGCCGUGCCACUCCCCGCCGGCGUCACCGACUCCGCCACCGUCUUGCCCAUGCCCACCCCUGGGCAGCAACACCGGGACGACGUGGGGAUGGGACGCCGGCGCCGCGGCGGGCGACGCGGACCUCACCCUGCUGGUCUCCAGGGAGUAGGCCGGGCUCCGCAACGCGACCGCGAGCGUCUGCGUCGUCGUGGUGGCACGCUCCCGGAGGAAGCCGCGA